AGAUUGGCGUGAACUUUUCUUGGAUCACGCAUGCGCGAGUCGUUCGAGAGCACGAACGAAUCACCACAGGGCCAUCAUGGAGAGAAAAGUUUUGGCGCUCCAGGCUAGGAAGAAACGAGCCAAGAAGAAGUCCACCAAGAAGCCCCAGGCCAACACGAGAGGGGCGGUGCGGGAACAGCGGGAGCAGCAGACUGAAGCUGCCCAGCAGGAGCCCGAGGAGGAGAUCCUCGGCUCGGAUGACGAGGAGCAGGAGGACCCUAAUGACUACUGCAAAGGUGGAUAUCACCAUGUGAAGAUCGGAGACCUUUACAAUGGAAAGUACCAUGUGAUCCGCAAACUGGGCUGGGGCCACUUUUCCACUGUGUGGCUGGCCUGGGACAUCCAGGGUAAGAGGUUUGUGGCCAUGAAGGUGGUGAAGAGUGCCGAGCAUUACACAGAGACGGCCCUGGAUGAGAUCAAGCUUCUCAGAUCGGUGAGAGAAACGGACCCUGUGGACCCCAACAAGGAUAAAGUAGUUCAGCUGCUGGAUGACUUCAAGAUCUCAGGAGUCAACGGAACCCACGUGUGCAUGGUGUUUGAAGUCCUGGGCCACCAUCUUCUCAAGUGGAUCAUCAAGUCCAACUACCAGGGCCUGCCAUUGCCCUGUGUUAAGAGCAUCAUUCGACAGGUUCUGCAGGGUCUAGAUUACCUGCACUCCAAGUGUAAGAUCAUCCAUACAGAUAUCAAGCCGGAGAACAUCCUGAUGAGUGUUAAUGAGCCCUAUGUCAGGCGCCUGGCUGCAGAGGCCACCGAGUGGCAGAGAGCAGGAGCUCCACCGCCCUCAGGCUCCUCAGUGAGCACAGCUCCUCCACCAAAACCGGCUGCAAAGAUGUCUAAGAACAAGAAGAAGAAGCUGAAGAAGAAGCAGAAGAGGCAGGCAGAGCUGCUGGAGAAGUGCAUCUUGGACCUGGAGGAGAUGGAGCGCUGCCCCGACGCCGCUGACGAGGAGGACGACGACGACCCACAAUCUCCCAAGAGCCCCGUCUGCGCACCGCUUCGACAGGUCUCGUUGCAGGAGAUUGCCUAUGAGGAGCAAGGAGAUGACGUUAGCGCGCGUCUGUGCCCGGCGGAGACCAACUGUAACGGCUUCAUGGCCAGUGUUGCCCCCAGCGUGCCAGAGCAGGUGGAGCCGCAGGCAGAAGAGGAGGUGGCACCACCACCACAGGCGGAGUGGGAGAUAGAGCAGGACCAGCACAGUACGGAUGCCAACACCACCAGCACCACUGACCCAGAACCAAGCCAGACCCAGACCAGUUCUCCAGACCAGCACCUGGACCUGAACCAGGACCAGCCACCAGUCCCUCAGGACUACCAGUGCUGCAACGGCAUGGAAUCCCCCGAGCCGCAGGCCAAUGGAGUGGGCAGUCAGGCCGACUCCACCCCCUCAAGCCCAUUGGAGGAUGGGGAGCACAGAAGUCCACAUCAACCAGGCAGACAGCAAGGGGCCGGCGACGCCCACGACAACCUCGGGAACACUAAGAUUGUGGCUGGAGACUUGCUGGUGAAUCCUCUGGAGCCUCUCAACGCCGACAAGAUCACGGUCAAGAUCGCUGACUUGGGCAACGCCUGCUGGGUGCACAAGCACUUUACGGAGGACAUCCAGACACGGCAGUAUCGCUCACUAGAGGUGCUGAUUGGAUCUGGGUACAGCACACCUGCAGACAUAUGGAGCACUGCCUGCAUGGCCUUUGAACUGGCUACAGGGGACUAUCUGUUUGAACCUCAUUCAGGAGAAGAUUACUCUCGAGACGAAGACCACCUUGCUCUGAUUAUUGAGCUGUUGGGGAACAUCCCCCGCCAUUUUGCGCUGAGCGGGAAAUUUUCACAGGAAUUCUUCAGCCGCAGAGGUGAUCUGAAGCACAUCACCAAGUUGAAGCCGUGGGGUCUGCUGGAGGUGCUGGUGGACAAGUACGAGUGGCAGCGUGAGGAGGCCGAGACCUUCACCGACUUCCUGUUGCCCAUGCUGGAGCUCAUCCCUGAGAAGAGGGCCACGGCCGCAGAUUGCCUGCGUCACGCCUGGAUCGCCCCCUAGUGGCCCACAAUGGGAACUGCACCCCCCUCACCCAAUCCCACAUAGGAGCCACUUCUGAACUACAUCUGGCACUGUUCAACCGGAUCUGUGCCAGAUUAGAGGUAAAUCUGCACCAGACCAGGGCCAGGUGUGAACCAGAGGUGGCCUCUAUUCGGGCUGGUUAUCCUCCUCCCCUUCCCAGAACUGUCCCCACCUCUAAACUGAUACCCAUGAAAAGGCCCAGCUGUGGACUGCCUCCACCACCCCUGGAUUGCCUCCUAGUGGCUGAUGCUGGGAAUGACACCCUCUGACCUGCUCCAGGUGGUGCCUAAGCUAAAAACUCUGGUGAGGAUUUGGCUCUGAUGAAACAGAUCUGCACCAGGCGUUUUAGAGGUGCUACAUGGGCAUGUGCCCCCACCCCUGCUCCCCCUCUCUUGGCCUGGAUCUGACACCCAUGAAGAAGCUAGGCUAAUGAACAUCUGUGCUCUGGGGGCUGCCGUCGGCUCUGCCACCUCUGACUAGCGACCUGUUGUAUUCAGGCAGGCUCCCCUCCCCUAGUGGCCACAGUAGGGUCCUACACUCCGUUACGCCUGUCCCUCUGUGACCGUCUCUUCUCCUGACCAGACCUUACCCCACAAGAGACUGCAACAGAUCACUUUCCAAUUGGAGCAUAUCUGACAUCUACUUAUUUGUUUAUAUCUGUCUGUGUGUGUGUGUGUGUAUUUGUGUGCCUGUGAGUAAGUUGGUUUCUUUCUUCCUUUUUCUUUCUUUUUUUUGUUGUUCAUCUCUUUGUGUGUGUUUGUGAGUCUGUGUGAGUGAAUCUGUGUGAGUCUGUGCGUGCGUGUGUGUGUGUUUGUUUGUGUGUGUGAGAGUGAUUUGGUGUCUUCUAAAGUUUUUUUUUUUUUUUUUUUUUUUUUUCUGUAGAUGGUUUGUACUUUUCAUUGUGUUGUUACUUUUUCUUUUGCUCCCUUUUUUAACUCCAGUUAAGAUGGACUGUAGCCAGAAAACCUCUGUGUUGUAGGAUUUCUGAGAUGACUUGGGCGUUAUGCUAGACUUUUCUUAGUUAAUCCAUUUAUUUUUGGGGCUCACACUCAGCUAGUCUGCAAAAAAAAAAAAAAAAAAAAAAAAAAAAAAAAAAAAUCUGAAAAAGCAGUUUUGUUACACAGAUACUCUAGUAUUGUUGGAAAUCUGCACAGAAAUGGCACUGUGGAAGAGAGUUGUUAGUUUGUGGUUGUGACUUCCACUCAGAGACCAAACUGUGUGCUCUGUCAGGAGAAUCUCAGCUGUUCUGUUUGGGUCUUAGAUGUCAUCACCGACGACACCUGUUUAAUCAGUGUCAGCUUCCAUUUGUUUUGUUCAAUAGUGUGUGUUUGUGAAAGAAAGAUUUGUUUGUCCUCACUGUUCUAAGCCAGUAGAUCAUUAUGUUCCACACACUUAUAGCUGUCAAUCACCACAGAAUGAUGAAAAAGAACAUUGUUAAAAGAAAUCUGCCGUGGGGGUGUGUAUAUGUUUGUUUGUCUGUUUGUGUGUGUGUGUGUGUGUGUGUGUGUGUGAGUACAUAUGAGUGUGUCGUCUGUGUCUGUAUAUAUCUGUACCAAAGAGUUUGCCUUGAUCUGUAUAUUGCAGCCAUGUACAGUUUUUAAGAAAUCAUACUAUUGUAUCUUAGCUAAGAUUAUUUAGCGGGAUAGUAAUGUUUUAAUAAAGCAUUUGGAAGAAGUGUGCAAACUCA